ACAAAUACCUACUUUAAAAAAUUUCAAUUUUGUUUUCUGUGAUAAGUUUUCGUCUUUUAAGUUAAUUGUUUAGUAAUGGCUUUUGUGUAGAUCUCAGAAUUGCGAUUUCACAAUGGAACACAUAAGGCAGUUCGAUUGGUGUUUUUCUCAACCAGAUAUAUAUUUUCUUAAGGAAGAUGAUCUUGCUAACAGUGUGACAGAGAAAAUUCUCCGCAAUAAAUUUUAUGAUCCAUUAAUAUCUAGCGAUUCAGAAGAUGAAAACAUUACAAUUAAUUGGGAUGAAGUAUUUACCAAGAAAGAGAAUUUGGGUCGAGAGCACAGCAUCUAUGUGCCAUGUCUACCAGUGAUUCAAUACCCAAAGCUAUCAGCCCUUACUGUACAACAACACUAUCAGAUCCUCAAGGUCAUCUGUGCACAAAAUCCCCAUGUCCUAGAGGAGAUGUUCAUACCAAGACCGACUAAAACUGAUUGUCGAGUUUUUGAGGAACUAAAGCCUAUAUAUGAAAAAGAGCAAAAAGAAUACAAGGAGUGGGCCAAAACUCUCUGGACUAAUGUACACUGUGUCCGAGCGCUGCGUCCCAAGCCGACGAUCGAAACUGUGUAUGGCGCGAGUUUUAAGAUGAGAGCCAGCGAAAUGGAAUCCUAUCCUAAAACAUUUAAUAUGGCGGCCCAAAUACCUCUAGAAAGCAGGGAUAGCACUAUCGAUUUGGUUCUAGACAAGGAAUUGAUAAAUGUGGAUAUAGAAGCGUUACCUCAAAUUGAAUGCAGGCCGAUAACAAAGAAACUAAGUAUAAUGAAACCUUGUUUGAUGCCGGAGCCGUGCAACAAACAUCCUUGCAGAUUCAUCUUGCCACAUGAAAAGUCUGUUACUAUACUUCCCUAUACGGAGGUUCAAAUGGAACUGGCGCAGUUCGCGGUCGCCAACGGCUGUGAGUACGUAGCCAGCGACAACGCUCUCAGGUGCCUCGUGGAGCUGGACAGAUCCUGGGAUAUUCCCAUAUCCGUCUGCUCCGUGUUUGGACCCGAUGGUGAAACAACGAAUAUAGUCGUACUAGGGAACGAGUUCGCGAUAAACAAGGAGUCAGUUCAAAUGCGAACCUACAGGGCCUACAGACACCUGCUACAGCACGCACUCUUGUCACCGGAGGAGAGAAAGAAGUUGCACUACAAGUGUAAUGAUCAAGAAAUGAGUACUCAAGAAUCGAAUAAAACGAACGUCCUCGGUGAGAUGGACGUGUCUUCCGAUGACGACGACAACAGCCUGCGCAUAGACGAUACUUCACAACCGGAACCGCAACCGGAUGACGACGUAAAGGAAAGCGACCAUGAAACGGUCACGAGUAAUAACACUAGCGACAAGGAACACACAAACACAAGCAAGCCGGACAAUGUGGAGUUCUAUAAUUGUACUUGUAAAGACACGAUAUUCGAACGGCCACCCCCGAGGUCUUUCAAGAAGUGGAAGAUUCUGAACAAAACGACCGACGAGAAUUUCAAUAUCGUUAUACACUGCUCGCAUAAGAUUCGGGACGCCAACGGGGAGGUGAUCCUGGAGCCCGUGCCCGAGUACCAGCUGGACGUCGGCGCCAGCGAGCAGGCCGCGGGACGGCUCCGGGGGCUGGCGCUCGCCCUCUACCUCAGGAAAAACGUCUCCUUGAUGAAUGUGCGGGUCGACGGCGUGAGCGGCGAGGUGGUGACGUUCGAGGGGGCGACGCUGGGGGAGCUGAGCGGCGCGCACGGGGGCCUGGCGGGGGGGGCCGCCGGCACGCUGCACGGCGCGCUGGCGCAGCUGCAGGGCCUGCGCGCCGGACACUACGUGCUGCGGCACGAGCCGAGUCACGGCAACAACGCGCUGCUGUUCGCGAGCUGCGCGCCCGCCGCCGCCGCGCUGCAGCUGCGGGCGGACGGACCCGCACCCACCGCAGGCCCCGCAGGCCCCGCAGGCCCCGCCGGCCCCGCAGGCCCCGCCGGCCCCGCAGGCCCCGCCGCCGCCGACGACGCCGAGCGCCCGCCGCCCGCGCUGUGCGCCGCGCUGCUGCCCUACCACAAACUGCGGCGCAUAAUCCCGUGCGCGUUCACCCCGCACGAGCAGCACGUGAGUCGCCGCCCCCCGCGCCUGCGCGCCCCCCGCGCCCCCCCGCGCGCGCUGCAGUUGGGAGCGGACGCGGAGCCGGGCGGCGCGCGUACCAAGUGGCCAAAGAAAAAGAAAAGGAAGACAAAGCGCUAAUAAAUUCCAUAAUAAUAAAUGAACGGUAAUAAAAUAUACACAUACAUAUAU